AUGAAAAAUCUUGCGAAUGGAAUCACAUUGAAGACGGUGGUUCGUGAGUUUCUUGCAGCAAAAGAAAAACACUUCCAUGCAGAGUAUUUUUCGUUUCUUUCUGCAGAUGAAGACUUGUCCAUGGAAAUGGAUGAAAGGGGUCUCAAAAGGAAAGCUGAAGAAGUAUCUAAUUAUAACCCAUCAAAGAGAAUCAAGAAUGAAGAAGGGUGUAACAGUAACCACGGUGAUGACGUGCAGAAGUUGAGUUUAACCAAAAGGGUUAGUCUUUUCCAACGUUGCAACAAAGAAGAAGAGACUAAUUAUAACCCACGAAAGAGAAUUAAAAGUGAGGAGGGAUGCAGCAAUAGCAGAUCAAAGUUUGAAUAUUUGGUGGAUGCUGUUUCCUUAUUUAGUGUAUACGAAGAGGAAAGAGAUUUACUAAAAAACAGGCAUGAUUUGAUCAGAAAUGGUGGAAGUGUGGAUACUGAGAAAGAACAACCUCGUGAAUCCGGUAAAUUGCUGCCAAGGGAAUUUCGAGAAAAGAUCCAAGAACUGAAUGGACGUGAGGUGAAUUUUGUUACCGAAAAGAAACUUUUUGAUACAGAUUUGAACCCACAGAACGCUCGCUUGUCUAUCCCACCCGGCAAGAUUGUGAACAGGUUUCUUUCAGAAAGUGAGGAGUUAUCGUUGAAUGAACGCAUGAGAGAAAGCAAAAGGCUUGGUGGCGUGUGGGUGAGUGUCUUGGAUCCUGGUCUGAAAGAGUACAAGAUGUGCUUGAAGAAGUGGAGGAUGGAGAAAAGCUACGUGUACAACUUGACAAAGGGAUGGAACCAAAUGGUACGUGGGAAUGAUCUCAAACUCCAUGAUACGCUGCAACUUUGGUCCUUCAGAGUCUCCUCUCAGCUAUGUUUCGCACUCGUCAAAAUGUGA